AUUGACCGCGUUAUUGUCCUUUGAAUUUAAACGAAGCGUAUUGUGUUUCAUCUGUUGUAAUGCUCCUUUAUUUAUAAAUGUUUUAUUUUCGGAGGUUUACGUUCGCUGCAAUACCACCGCGGCAGGUCUACGAGUUGGUAAAAAAACGAAAACAAACUCAACGGGAACUCUGAACUCGACUAAAGACAAUCAUAGGGCAUCUGCUGGGAAAAGGAAGCUUGAUUUCUUUUCAUGAGCGCGGUUAAACGAAUCAGAUGGUUGUCAGAGGAUUGCAUCGAGAGAGGUAAAACAACUCGUCCACAUUCGCACCUCGGGCAACCUGUAGCGACGUUAUCGAACGAUAUUCCGCUGCAACUUCUACUACAGCCACCACCACCACCACAGCGUUUCCACUAUGACAUUUUGUCAGAAGUCCCCGACUGAAAACGUGUAAACAAGACGUAAAAGGAGUUAUUUUGAGGGGGGGGGGGGGGCGAGUCGGGUGUAAAAAUGAAGUUGCCAUCCUGGGACGCAUGCAAAAGGGCAGUUUGUUUGAUACAGUGCCUGCUUUGCUUAUAUGUGGUGCGUGUGAAGUUGGAGUUUGUUGAGCCGUCUCAGCUUGUCACCUUGCUACAUACGCUGGCAGAGAGCCAAACGCGGCUCCCCUGCCACUAUCAGGUGGAGGUGGGCGAGCAGGUAGUACAGGUGACCUGGUAUAAGGAGCUACCGGAUGGCACCAAGGAGCAAAUCAUCACCGUCCACCACUCAGAUGGGCACAAAGAAUUUGACCAUUAUUCGGGACGGGUGAGGUUCGAGAGCAGCAGUCCCAUGGAGAACCAAGGUCUGCUCAUCCCCAUCACCGAGGAGUCGGAUAAGGGGAGCUACACCUGCCACAUCGCCACGUUCCCAUCAGGAAACUUUGAGAGACAGAUCACCCUAGAAGUCUGGAUUUUACCCAUCUCCUCCCUGGAUCCUGUGGACCUGGUGGAGGGCCAGUCGUUCGGUGUGGCUGCCUCCUGCCGGGCUGUGGGCCGCCCGUCCCCACGUCUCUCCUGGGAUACCGACCUGCCAGGCCGGGCCAUGAACCGCACCUCUGAGGGCGGGGCCGUGUCCAGCUACUACUACCUCCAUCCGCUGCGCAGCAUGAACGGGAAGAGUCUAGACUGCUUGGUGUGGCACCCCAGCCUGGAGCGGCCCCGCCGGCUUUCCCACAGCCUGGUGGUACAAUAUCCGCCAGAUGCCACCAUCUCUACUGAGAAAGAGAAUUGGUUUGUGGGGCUGGAGAAGGCAGAGCUCACCUGUAACAGCGGCGGAUACCCUAAACCUCAAAACAUCACCUGGAUAUGGAAGGGAGGAGCUCUGCCAGACGGUGUGUCUGUGAUUGGAGGAAAAAUAGUUUUUAGGCGGGCCAUCCGCUUGAAUGACAGUGGGGUCUAUGAAUGUGUGGUCAAGAACAAUGUUGGGACAGUGAAAGCAGAAUACAUCUUGGCGGUCGCAGACAAAUCCCAUGGCGAGAAGCCCACUGUUGACAGUCUGAUGCUGAUCAUUAUCGGCUCGGCUGCCGGGGCUUUGGUCAUGCUCAUGGUCAUGGUCGUCCUGCUGGUCAAUCGCCACCAUCGACGCAAAAACAAAAAACUGGAGAUGGAGCUCAGCGAAAGAACGGAGGAGAUUAACACCCUCUCCAGACACACAUCCUCCAGAAGACUGAACUCUGUUAGCACAGACCCCAGAGUGCAGGCUGAAGACUAUGCGCUGCUCCGAGUUGACAGCAGGAUGAAAAACAGUCAGAUGUCUAUUGACCGCCCCAUCUACAAAGACAGCCAGUCUACUCUGGGGGGGAAGUGGGGUCCUCCGGGAGGGGUGGAGGUGGAUGAGCUGGGGCGCCCCGUCCUCUGGCAAGACGGCAGGGAGAGCGUGAGAGCGGCUGAGAUGGACGGAGAAAGGGAGGAGCGCAGGAGGAGGGUUGAGUCGUACCUGAAGAGUAGCAACAUGUCGCUGGACUCGGGCCUCCCCUCCUCCCUGGUGCCCCUAAAGACACAGCAAGAUGAUGGCCUCGGGCCCAGGGAGCCGAACCUCACAGCUCUCGGACUGGGAGGAGUGCCGGGGGACACGGCGUGGUGUCCCACACAGUCAGCGCAGGAAGGGGACGAGGACGACGGCAACAGCAGUUCCUACCAGCUCUCAGAGGCCCUCACAAACCACUUCUACUACAGUAAUGGCACCCUCAGGCCCAAGCCACACUCCAAUGCCAUUCUGCUGCACCCCAGAGGACAGAUAAUUUAGACGCUUGAACAGUACAUUGACAAUUUGACCAGUGCACACUGGGGUCAAAAAACUGGUGUUCAGGAACCAGUGUGAGAAGUGUGAAAGCCUUCUCUGUGUUCCAACAAUUAAAACUAUUUGCUUUGUAUGUAGCAUCCCACACGUAGGAUUAUCAACAGCAGGCACCAGCCAAAUGCUUGUAAAUAUUAGGUCUUGCUGGUAAGUCUGUCUAUGCUACUUGCCAUUUUGGCAUUUGUUGUCAUUCAGAAUUUCUGUUAAUGUGGAAGGAAGUGGCUAGCGGGUUUUAGGACCCACUAGCCACUUUGGCUUGUUGAUGGAAAAUGUUCACCUGCCGUCCCAUAUCCUCACUUUAAAAGGUGGAAAAAUUAUUAUGGGACAAUCUCAUGUGUUGUGAGCAACAGUUUUUGGUGAUUUAAUUAUAACUGCAUAAAAUGGGGUGGGGAACAAAAAAAGGAGAAGUUUAUUGUGAAGCCUAUUCAUGUCAAAUAGAUCCCGGGAGGUUUGUAUGGCUGAAGGACCUUGCUCUGAAGUCGUAACACCAAUGAAGUCUCAAGUCAUCUCUACCAAAGUCUGUGAGUGGACAACGUUAACCUAAACACAAAUCUCAAUAGUUACAGCUUGAGAGCUGCUGCUAAUGAAAGAACAUUGUAUAUGUUUAUAUGUAUGGGACAGACAUUGCUACAUUUAUUUCUGUGAUGAGUUCAUUUGUUGCCUGCUCAUACGUGCCUGUUACUUUAUGGAACUCAAUGUGCACAUUGAUGAAGUUAUUCUGCACAUUGAUGAAGUUAUUCAGCCAAAGGAUUGGCUUGGAUAGAGCACAGUGAACUUGCUUUAUGGACCAGGUUUGUGUCUUGUCUGCGUGAGGUACUUCAACGCAUGGCAAAGGGACAUGUGGCUUCCCCAUCCAAGCAAAGCUUAGAUGAGAUAUGCAGAACUUCGAACUGCAGAAAGCAACAUUGUCUUGUUAAAGCACUGUCAGGUGUGCUUAUCACUUCUAUUUUAGCCACCCGAUUCUUACAACGACCCUAAAUAUAUUUCUUGAAGUUAUAUUUCCGUAUCA